GCAGCGCUUUUCGAAAUGUCAUUGACGUGUUCGUUUUGCUCCACGAAACUGUGUUUCUCUGGAGAAAAGUCCCUGUUUUCCUCGGUUUUCGUGCGUGUGAGGUGCAUGGUGUGUUGAUGGGAAAAUGGGUGGCCAAAAGUUCGAAUACGAUGAGAGUGGGAGCACGUUUUUUUACUUCGUACUAUCAUUUCUCGGUCUAAUUCUUAUUCCAUGCACUUUCUACUACUGGCCACGGAAGAAACGUGAAGACCCGAAUGUGGUGAAGGAGCAAUGUCAAUGUCCCGAGUGCAUGUGCAAGCGGGCGGUGUUGCAGACGUCGGAGCCCUAUCGCAAGCUGAAGUCGCUGCUCAUCAAAUUGGUGCUGGUCGGCGGCUGGGCGCUGCUCUUCUUUCUCGCCUACAAAGUCUCCCAAUUUGACUAUGAGAUGUCCAACUUUGAUCCAUAUGAGAUCCUGGGUUUGCCACUGGGCACUUCUCAGUCGGAGAUCAAGCGCGCAUAUCACCAGCUGUCGCUGAUACUGCAUCCGGACAAGCCCACCGGAGACCAGAAGGCCUUCAUGAAGCUGACGAAGGCCUAUCAAGCGCUCACGGACGACGAGGCGAGGAAGAAUUGGGAGAGAUAUGGGAAUCCCGACGGCCCAGGAGCCAUGUCCUUCGGUAUUGCUCUGCCAGCGUGGAUUGUGGAGAAGGAGAACAGCAUCUGGGUCCUCGGGCUCUACGCGCUGAUCUUCAUGAUUGCUCUUCCGACGGCGGUCGGGAUGUGGUGGUACCACUCAAUUCGCUUCAGCAGCGACAAGGUUCUCCUGGACACCACGCAAAUGUAUUUCUACUUCUUCCACAAAACACCCCAAAUGGCGCUCAAACGCGUGAUCAUGAUUCUGGCCGCGAGUCUCGAGUACGACAAGAGACACAACUCGCAAGUGGUGGAGCGUCAAUCGGACAACGAGGAGGUGCCAUUGCUCAUCCGGCAGCUGCCGAAUCUCAAUGAGAAGUGCAAGGAAAUGCCUCUGUGUCGCAUGUACUCCAUCAAGGCGCGCGCUAUUAUGCACGCCCACCUGAGUCGGAUCCCUCUGCCGCCGGACACUCUUGAUCGCGAUCGCAUGUUCAUCGUGAAGAAGUGUCCCUACCUCAUCCAGGAGAUGAUCUCGUGCGUGAAUCAGCUGAUCAUGCUGGCUUACGCGAAGCGCAUAUCACGACUUCCAGCGAUUGAAACCAUUGAGAACUGCAUGAAGCUCUCUCCUAUGAUUGUCCAGGCAAUGUGGGAGUUCAAGAGCCCUCUGCUGCAGCUUCCCUACUUGACGGAUGAUCAUCUCAGGUACUUCGCCACGAAGAAGCGUCACAUCAAGAACCUCCAGCAAUUCGCGCAGUUGCCACUGGAAGAGAGUCGCGCCAUCCUGAAGAGCUUGACUGAUUUUGAAUACAGUACUCUGAUGAAAGUCCUGGGAAAGAUGCCUCUCAUCGACUUCAGCUUUCGCUGUGAAGUGAUUGACGAUGAGCAUACGAAUGUUGUGACUGCGGGAGCCAUCGUGACUGUGACGGUGACGCUGGAGAGGAAAAAUAUGAGUGAAUUGUUUGGUGACACAAGUGCCGCAGAGAAGCCGAGUAUAAGGGAGGAGGAGGAGGAUCAGGAGAAUGAGGGCAAUGUUGAGAGUCAGAAUCAGGUGAAGAAGCCAAUCUGGGCGAAGCAGGGCAAGAAAAGCCACAAGGGCGGGAAGAACAAAUUCAAGAGUGGAAAUGUGAAACACAAAGUCACAUCAAAUCCAUCCAAUGCGGCGGCGGCGGCAAAGAGUGAAGAAAAGCCAGUUGUGAAAAAGCAGAAAUCGAACGACGGAGCAGAAUCCGAUCUGGAGAGUGGCCUAGAGAGUGAUGAGGAGAAAUUCUCAUCGGACGAUGAGAAGAAGACAGCUGAAGAUGAUGACUUCGAGUGGGAGAAGUUCCAACAGAAGUUGAACAAGCGCGAGAAGCUGGAGGGAAAGUCGAAGCUCUCGCACGCGGUGCACUGUCCCUACUUUCCGGAGGACAAGCAGGAGUACUGGUGGACAUACAUCUGCGACAGGAAGUCGCGCACGCUCCUCACGGCGCCGUAUCAUGUGACUAAUCUCGUUGAUCGCGAGGAGGUGCAGCUGAAGUUCACGGCACCGCGCUGGCCGGCGCUCUACACGUUCACGGUGUGCCUGCGCUCGGACUCGUACAUGGGCAUGGACCAGCAGCUGGACAUCAAACUGGAUGUGAAGGAGGCCACGGCCAUUCCCACCGUGGAACCCCAGUGGGAGAUUAGUGAGUCGGAGUCUGAUCAAAAUCUUCAGGGUAGCGAGUACACCACCGACACAUCCGAAGGCGAGGAGGAGGAUUGAGGAGUGUUGUGAGAGAUACUGUCUUUAUUUGGCAUUCUGUGCAGUGAGUAUAGUUUUCAAAUAAAAUUAACAAAAAUUU